GGCAGUUUUCCACAGAAAUUCCCUAGAAACAUCUCAAAGAGACGAGGGACAAAACAGGUGGAUUUAGCGAAGGAAGAUUUCCUUGGGUUUCUUGGACGAGGAACGGACGAACGAAAAAUCAGUCAGAUUCUCCACUGAUCUCCGCAAUGGAUGAGAACGCGGAUCGACUGAGUAAAUACACGAAGCAUUCGCUAAAAACUGCGCCUAAAUCAAAUGUUCUGGAAUGUCGAGUUUGCGAGGAGGUUUUCACAGUGGACGGUGUAAAGGUGCCACGUUUGUUGCACUGUGGACACACAGUGUGUCACUCGUGCUUACUGCGGUUGAGGACUUGCAUGUCGGAGCAGCAGUUUCUGCUGUGUCCCUUUGAUCGACAACCUACCGCCAUUCACGAGAACAGCAUCUACAGUCUGAAGAAGAACUUUGCGCUUAUCGAGCUGCUUGAACGACUAGAGCAAUCCAACAGUCAGAAAACGCUGGUGUUGGAGCAUGAGAGGCUUCAGUCGAAUCUAUCGUGCGACGAGGAUGAAGCACAUACUGCAGUUCUUUACUGUACUGUCUGUGCCACACAUCUCUGUGAGGCUUGCGACACUAUCACACAUUCAGCCAAGACCCUGGGCAAACACAGGCGCGUACCACUGUCAGAGAAGCCACGCGAGAAGCCUCGCUGCCCAAUACACACAGCGGAUGUGGCCGAAUUCACUUGUACUCAGGAAGGCUGUCACAAUUCCUUGAUGUGCUACCUAUGCAAAGAAUAUGGCAAACAUAGUACGCACAAGCCAGUAUUGAUCGAGGAAGAAGCCGAAAACAUUAAGAAGUCCAUUAUCGCGGCAUUGCAGAAGAUGACGCAGUUUAUGGAAAGCAUGAGAGAUACCGCACAUAAAAUAGAAAUAGUAAUUGAAGAAUUGGAAGGCUGGGCGAUCGAAGACGCGAGGAGGAGAGUGCGAUAUCAUUUCGAGGAAUUACGUGCUGUUUUGACCGAACAAGAGAAAACAGCGAUGGCGUACAUCGAAACAGAGACUCGCGGUAGACUUUGCGCACUGAGGCAACAACAGAAAGAUCUCACGUCUACGAGAUCGCAAGUGGCCGGUGUAUGUAUCCAAUGCGAAAGCAUACUCGAUUCCGAAGACUGGAAGUUGCUGAGCAGCUCGGAAAAAGUCAAGGAAGUGCUGGCGACGUUGGAGCAACAGCAGCAACAUUAUGCGCAAUUAGGACCGGAUUUUCUCAGUCCUGAAUCCUCCAUUCCCAUUAUAUUUAGCAGGGAUAACAGAAUACAUAUUGGAACAAAGAUCGAUAUGCGCGUAGUAAUCCUUGGACUGGAUGGUGCGGGAAAGACAAGUAUUUUAUCUGCUAUGCGAGGCGUCACGCUGCCAAAUCCACCGAUUCCCACUAUCGGCUUCAACGUUGAAAGUUUGGAGUACAUGAAUCUCGUAUUUACUCUCUGGGAUGUUAGCGGUCAUCAAAAGUUUCGACCAUUGUGGAAGCAUUACUAUCAUAACACGCAAGCUGUUAUUUUCGUGGUUGACGCUAGCGAUAGAUCUCGCUUCGAAGAAGCACGAAAGGAAUUAUCAAAAAUACUUUAUGAACGAGAACUGAAGGAUGCUCUACUUUUAAUAUAUGCUAAUAAACAGGACGUUUCUGGCUGUGCGAGUGUGGAGGAAUUAGUCGAUAUACUUGGCUUGCAUAAACUUUGUUGUGCGAGAAUAUGGCAUAUUCAAGGCUCGUCGUUAGUUACCAAUGCUAGUGGUACGUUGCAAGGUCUUGACUGGCUUUCGACGCAAUGUGUAUAAAUUUUUUUUCUUUAUAAAAUUAUUUAUAUAUGGAAAAAGCCGAGAAGACACGCUAAUUAAUUGUGAUUUCCACGCUAAGAUGGUACGAAGCAGACUGAAGUUAGAUAGGUAGAUAGAUAUCAUGCAAGAUAAAUAUUUGUACGUACAGUCGACGUUGAAAAUGAUUUGUUUUCUAGCUGUUCUCAUAAAAUAAACUCGAAUAUCGCACGUAUUCAGAGAAUUAUAUUAAAAAAUAAUAUCUCAACCACACAACACAUUUCGACGUCGAUCAUACUUUAUAUAAUCUUUUUUUUAUUUAUAAUAUAAAUCUUUUUUUUAUUCGCUCAAUAAGUAUGUCAACGUGUGAAUGAUGAAUCUACUAUAUCAUCGCAGAUCUCCCUUUAUUAGCUCGUCAAUCCGCAAGAUAAAUCUAUUCUGUUAAGUCACGCUAUACCAAAAAA